UCCUUCAGUUCAUUCAGCACCAUGGCUGUGGAUGCUGCGGAUGCGCUCUGCUGCAUCCUGCAUCCGCGCCGGCUCUCCCUCAUCUUUCUCACCGUGACCCUCUCCUCUCUGCCAGCCCCGGCCGUGGCGCUGCUCGGCGUUCGCCCCGAAGACACUCAGAGCGGGGAUCUGUCCGUGCAGGACGGGAUUUUGAGGGCGACCGAGGGGGCUCGCUUCACGCUGAGGGUUUACUACUCCGAGCAUCCUAACGGCGCGAACAUCAGCGGGAGACCUGACGCCGCACCUGCAGCUCCGUGGAUCGCCUUCAUAGAGGAGCCGAGCGGCGGCAGCAAGGAUGCGGAGAGGGCACUCCGCUCCAAGGGGGACCCGUGUGAGGAAGAGAGCUCCCGGAGCUCCGACAUAGAACUGCUGGGCUCCUUCAGGUCCACCUCAAGUCACAACUCUGUUCUGCUUGAGUUGCUGGCCAAAGACUUGCGCAAAGAUGAGGUGAUCAAAUACUACUCCAUGUGUGCGUUUGACGGAGUGAAAUGGAAGCACUUCAGGACCAAAGACUUCUGGCUGGCUGUGGUGGAGAGACCUCCAGAGCCAGAUGUUUGGCUCCAAGCGGGAGUCUCUGUGGUUUUAUUAGCGCUAUCUGCCCUGUGCAGCGGGCUGAACAUCAGCAUGCUGGCUCUUGACCCCGUGGAGCUGCGGGUCCUGCAGAACAGCGGCACAGAAAAGGAGCAGAAAUACGCACGGAAAAUAGAAUCCGUGCGUAAACAUGGGAACUACAUCCUCUGCACUGUGGUGCUGGGCAACGUCCUCACAAAUACGUGUUUUGUGGUGUGGAUGUGCCAGAUUUUGGGAAUGACCGCACUCUCGACUACCUCCUGCACUUUGGGGAUCUUCUUUAUCGGAGAAAUAUUACCCCACUCCGUUGCGUCCAGGCACAGCCUCGCCAUCGCCUCCAAGACUCUGUGCGCCACCCGUUUGCUGAUGCUAAUUUUCUUCCCCAUUGCAUACCCGGUGUCCAAGAUCCUGGACAUCAUGCUGCACCAGGAAAUCAGCAGCUUUUACACCAGGGAGAAGCUGGUGGCCAUGCUGCGCGUCACGGAUCCAUAUCAUGAUCUGGUCAAGGAGGAGCUGAACAUCAUCCAGGGAGCCCUGGAGUUGAGGACCAAAACCGUGGAGGAUGUCUUGACCCCUCUGACAGACUGCUACAUGCUAUCAUCAGACGCAGUCCUGGACUUUUGCACCAUGUCCGACGUGAUGCAGAGCGGCUUCACCCGAAUUCCGGUCUACGAGAACGACAGGUCCAACAUUGUGGACAUCCUUUUCGUCAAAGACUUGGCCUUCGUGGAUCCGGACGAUUGCACUCCCUUGAAAACAAUCACGCAGUUCUACAAGCAUCCCAUGCACUGCGUCUUCAGUGACACCAAGCUAGAUGUGAUGCUGGAGGAAUUCAAGAGAGGCAAGUCUCACCUGGCCGUGGUGCAGCGGGUGAACAGCGAAGGCGAGGGGGACCCUUUCUACGAAGUGAUGGGCAUUGUAACGCUGGAGGAUGUGAUCGAAGAAAUCAUCAAGUCUGAGAUUGUGGAUGAGACAGACCUGUACACUGACAAUCGGACCAAGAGACGAGUGUCCCACCACGAGAGAAAGCAACAGGAUUUCUCUAUCUUCAAGCUAGGAGAAAAUGAGCUGAAGGUGAAGAUUUCUCCCCAGCUGCUGCUCGCCACGCACCGUUUCUUAGCCACAGAAGUGGAGCCGUUCAGGUUGUGUCACCUGUCGGACAAGAUCCUGCUGCGCCUCAUCAAACACCCGAGUGUCGUGCAGGAGCUGAAGUUUGACCCCAAGGACAAACACGCUCCUCAACACUAUCUUUACCAGAGAAACAAACCAGUUGACUACUUCAUCCUCAUUCUGCAGGGACGUGUGGAGGUGGAGAUAGGAAAGGAAGCGCUCCGGUUUGAAAAUGGAGCCUUUUCCUACUACGGCAUGCCAGCGCUAAUCCCGCCACUGCCAACUGAGUGUAACGCUGCCGAGGACAAUCAAUGGAUGGAUCGGAGUUGCUUGUGCACAAACUCAGGUCAGAGCAUGAAAACAGGACGCGGUUUAUAUGCAUAUCUUCUGCGUUUCUUUGCAGCCCACAGAUACAGCUCCCGAAGCAGCGGCCUGAACCAGUGGGACUCGUUACUGAGCGGGGGCAGCGUGGGGCAGCUCACGCUGGGCGGAGGGGCCUAUUUACCAGACUACUCAGUGCGACAACUCACAGACCUGCAGAUCAUCAAGAUCAGCAAGAACCAUUACCAGAACGCACUGACAGCCACCCGGAUGGACAGCACGCCUCAGACCCCCGAUGCCGUGGAUCCUGACAUUAAAGGGAGACCCCCGGGCCCGGAGGCUCGCUCAAACAGCAUCGCUCUGCCACUAAUGAGCACACACACUCGACUGGGGCUGGCGCGCUUUGCACACCUCCAUCCGUACGGUGGCCUUCACAGCACCUCCCAGCUCAACGAGAGAAACCGCAUUGUUCGCAGUAAAUCUGAUGGGCAGAGGAGUCCAAAUGACACAGUGUUCCUUCGCAUGGAUGAGAUUCCUUACAUCCAUGAGGACCGACCCGAAAGUUCUGCUGACAAUGAUGUGCCUACGGAGCCGUCCACCUCCCCCUUCAUCAGCUCCCUGUCCCUGUCCAGCUCAGAGGAGAACAUCGGAAAGAAGCUCCUGCGUAAACUGAGUAACAAGAGGAGGAAAAAGUCUCGAGAAGGAGAAAAGAGUUUGGAUGAGGAGGAGGGGUCAGAGCAGCCAUCGGUAACAAGCUAGUCCAGCAAACUUGAGGAGGAGGGAUAAAUCAUGCACACCCUUCCUCUUGUUAUUCCCUGGACGCCCUGUGUACCUAAAAGUUAUUUGAACUUGUUCAACUCUUCACCCACUUAUAAAUCCUCAGGACCCCAUGGAUACAUCCUGCCCUCUUUUUGCCUGGAAAAAAAAAGAACUUGACAGGACAUAUUUUAACAACACAUCUGACAAGUGAAAUCUUUCAGCAGACUGCAUGGGCUUCAUUCAGUUUUAUCCACUUUCUUGGUGCAAAUCGUCUCCAUAUUACCUUUUAAUAGUGGGCAUAUUUACAAUGAAAUACGUUAUACUGAAAUACCAAAACAUCAAAGUAUGAAACAGGGUCUACUUGAACAAACAAAAAAAAAGUGUUUGGUAAUUAUUUUUUUCAUUAUUAUUGAUACUGUGUGGUAGUUUCCACAUUCUGAAAAUGUCUGCGAAAGAAGCUCAUGAUGUUGCCAACCAGGGGCCCGACUACUGCCAGCACAACUGACAACACAAGGCAUAAUAGAAAAGGCCACCAAACAGGAGCACAAUUUACACAUAGCUUCUUAAAAAAGCCAUAAAAUUGCCAAUUUUUAGUCUGAUUGUAAAGAAAUGAGGUAAAAGUUAAAAAAAAGAGCAAAGUUUCUUUAGUUUACGUCUAUUUGAAAAGUGUCAACAUUGCCAGUGUAUGUGAUACGAAAACAAUGCAAGUCAUAAAAAAAAUGCUUUAAUUGCACAGAUUCAUGAGCACAUUACAUCCUUUUCCAGAU